ACAUAGCCUAAAAACAUAACAAAUAUUAUUUGCCUUUUUUACAGGGAGUUUCUCCAAUAAAAAUAUAAAGGGGCUUCAUAAUAAAUAUACAAUGAAUUAUACAUACAAUGGAAUAUUGAUUGUCACCUAAAAUCAAAAUCUAAUCAUCAAAAUACCUUAAGAUAUACUUUUGUAUAAGAUAAAUCAUGGCUAAUAUCAUCAACAGAGGUUUUGGAAACUCCAAUAUCAGAAAGUAUUUGAAGGCUUCAGUUGGAGUUUUUGAUAGGUUCCUUUAUUUCAGUCAAGAUUCUAACUAUAAAGAAUAUAAAACUAUCAGGCAACUUCUAUUUCAAAAGAAACUUUUGAAUGGACCAUAUUUAAAAUCUUUCUUCAAAAAUGAAGUGUUGGGACCAAAUUGGACAUCUGAUACUAAUAGUUCUGUACCUUAUUUGGAUCCUAAUAUUCUCAAUGGAAGAGGCCGGAAAGUUUACUUCGAGGUAUAUGGAUGCCAAAUGAAUGUGAAUGAUACUGAAGUAAUAUGGUCUAUCUUGAAGGAUUACAGCUAUAAUAAAACAAAUGACAUUAAUGAAGCUGAUGUAAUUUUUUUAGUAACUUGCUCAAUUAGGGAAAGUGCAGAGGAUAAAAUAUGGAAUAAAUUGAAUAGCUUGAAAGGAUUGAGAAGAAAUAGAUCGAAAAGUCAACCACCUCUAAAAAUUGGUAUUAUAGGGUGUAUGGCGGAAAGAUUGAAAGAAACAGUUCUGGAAAAGGAUCAAAUGGUAGAUUUGGUAGUUGGGCCUGAUGCUUAUCGGGAUAUACCUAAAUUAUUGGCUCUUACUAAUAGUGGCCAGAGAUCUAUCAAUGUAUUGCUUUCCUUGGAUGAAACUUAUGCUGAUAUAAUGCCAGUUAGAUUGAAUGAAAAUUCAAUUUCAGCAUAUAUAUCUAUAAUGAGGGGUUGCGACAAUAUGUGUACUUACUGUAUAGUACCAUGGACCAGAGGAAGGGAAAGAUCUAGACCUGUCUCUUCAAUUCUAAAAGAAGUAGAGCAUCUUAUUAGUCAGGGUGUAAAAGAUAUAACACUUUUAGGACAAAAUGUGAACAGCUAUAGAGACGUAAGUGAAAGUGAUAAAGCAGUAUCUCUUAUUCCUGCACCUACACAGCUAACAAAAGGAUUCAAAACAGUUUAUAAACCUAAAGUUGGGGGUCUAAGGUUUUCCCAUCUCAUUGAAAAAGUAGCCAAAAUAGAUCCAGAAGUGAGAAUAAGAUUUACCUCUCCUCAUCCAAAAGAUUUUCCGGAUGAUUUACUUUAUGUUAUCAAAGACAAUCCGAACAUUUGUAAAAACCUUCAUUUACCUGCUCAAUCUGGAAAUUCUAAAGUCCUUGAGAGAAUGAGAAGAGGCUAUACCAGAGAAGCUUACCUUGACCUCAUAGAUAAUGUUAGAGAUAUUCUACCAAAUGUAGCCAUAUCUUCAGAUUUCAUAUGCGGUUUUUGCGGAGAAACAGAUUCUGAAUUUAAAGAUACAUUGUCUUUAAUCGAAACGGUUCAAUAUAAUUCUGCUUUUCUCUUUAUGUAUAGCAUGAGAGAGAAAACUACAGCUCAUAGAAGAUAUAAAGACGAUAUCCCUAACAAUGUGAAACACAGACGGUUAACAGAAAUGAUAGAAAGUUAUAGAAAUAAUGUACACAAAAUAAAUCAUGCACAAAUUGGACAAAUACAGUUAGUGUUAAUUGAAGGCUUCAGCAAGAGAAGUGAUGCUAAUUUGGUUGGUCGGAAUGACCAAAAUAUCAAGGUCAUUAUUCCUGGAUUAGAUCUUAUUCCAUCCAAAAGCGAAACGGAAGAUAGUAGAUUAUUGAAACCAGGGGAUUACGUAGCUGUGCAUAUUAACGAUGCAAAUUCUCAAAUUUUGAAAGGAAUACCUUUGUACAGAACAUCAUUAAUGGACUUUUGGUAUUCUCAAAAUGGUGAAGAGAGAAUAAAUUUUACGAGAGUUCAUAGAGAGAAAUAAAUCCUCAUUGUUAUCUGUUA